UUUCCAUAAUGGAAAAAGGAAGCACAGUUUUCAACAGUGCACAAAGGCUGGAAGUUGUUAGAAAUUGCAUCUCAUUCAUUUUUGAAAACAAAUUUUUGGAGACUGAAAAGACCCUGCCUGCAGCUCUGAGAGCCCUGAAGGGAAAGGCAGCUCGGCACUGCCUGACACAGGAGUUAGGCUUGCAUGUUAAACAAAAUCGAGCAAUACUGGACCAUCAGCAGUUCGACUACAUUGUGCGAAUGAUGAACUGUGCUUUGCAGGAUUGUUCAUCUUCAGAAGAAUACAGCAUUGCUGCAGCGUUGCUACCCCUGACGACUGCUUUUUAUAGGAAAUUGGCACCUGGAGUUAGUCAGUUUGCUUACACCUGUGUGCAAGACCAUCCCAUCUGGACUAACCAACAGUUUUGGGAAACAACCUUUUAUAGUAAUGUGCAAAAUCAAGUUCGCUCCCUCUACCUUUCAGCCAAAGAUGACAACCAUGCAGUACAGUUGAGACAAAAGGAGAAAAAUUCUGUAGGUUCAGACCAGGAUAAGACAGCAAUGGACCUGGCUGCUGAGCAAUUGCGAUUGUGGCCAACUCUUAAUAAGCAAAUGCAGCAGGAGCUCAUCCAGAAUGAAGAAAGUACAGUUUUCAGUCAGGCAAUUCAUUUUGCUAACCUCAUGGUCUACCUGCUAGUACCACUGGAUACAAGUAAGAACAAGCUGUUGAGAACAUCAGCUACUGGUGACUGGGAGAGUGGAAGCAACAGUAUUGUCACAAACAGUAUUGCAGGCAGCGUUGCAGAGAGUUAUGACACUGAAAGUGGAUUUGAGGACUCUGAGAACAAUGAUGUUGCAAAUGCAGUUGUACGCUUCAUCACGAGAUUUAUUGACAAAGUUUGCACAGAGAGCGGUGUUACACAGGAUCACAUCAAGGGUCUUCAUUGUAUGAUACCAGGCAUUGUUGCAAUGCACAUAGAGACCCUGGAGGCUGUCCAUCGUGAGAGUAGGCGGCUUCCACCAAUACAGAAGCCCAAAAUUCUGCGACCAACUUUACUGCCAGGAGAAGAAUUUGUUUGUGAAGGUCUCCGUGUGCUGCUGGAUCCUGAUGGCAGAGAGGAAGCUACAGGAGGACUGCUUGGAGGUCCUCACAUCCUCCCUGCUGAAGGAGCUUUGUUCCUUACCACUUACAGAAUUAUAUUUAAAGGCACUCCUCAUGAUCAACUGGUUGGAGAGCAGACAGUGAUCCGGAGCUUUCCUAUUGCAUCUGUUACGAAGGAGAAGAAGAUCACUGUACAAAACCAGCUGCAGCAAAGUAUGCAGGAAGGACUGCAGAUCACUUCAGCUACCUUUCAGUUAAUUAAAGUAGCAUUUGAUGAAGAAGUAAGUCCUGAAGUGGUGGAAAUAUUUAAGAAACAGUUAAUGAAGUUCCGUUAUCCUCAGUCUAUCUUCAGCACUUUUGCAUUUGCAGCUGGGCAAACAGCACCACAGAUAAUUUUACCGAAACAAAAAGAAAAGAACACGUCAUUCCGUACCUUCUCAAAAAGCAUUGUGAAAGGAGCAAAACGUGCUGGGAAGAUGACAAUUGGACGCCAAUAUUUAUUAAAGAAGAAGACAGGCACAAUAGUGGAAGAAAGAGGGAAUCGCCCAGGCUGGAAUGAAGAGGAUGAUAUCUCUGUUUCAGAUGACAGCGAGAUGCACACAAGUGGUACCCUAAAAGCAUCCGAAAAAUCAACAAUGGAGCAAUUAGUAGAAAGAGCCUGUUUCAGGGACUAUCAACGUUUGGGACUAGGGACCAUCAGUAGUAACUCUUCCCGUUCAAAAACAGAAUACUUGAGAGUAACUGCACUGAACAGGAUGUAUUCACUUUGCAGGAGUUAUCCUGGGCUUCUGGUAGUACCUCAGUCUGUUCAAGACAGCAGUCUGCAGAGAGUUGCUCGCUGUUACCGUCACAAUCGCCUACCAGUUGUUUGUUGGAAGAACUCUAGAACCAGUACUCUUCUACUUAGAUCUGGGGGCUUUCAUGGAAAAGGUGUUGUUGGCCUCUUCAAAUCCCAAAACACACACACUACAGCUCCUACUUCUUUAGAAUCUUCAAGCAGUAUAGAACAGGAGAAAUACCUACAAGCGUUACUGAAUGUGAUAUCCGUCCACUGCAAAAUGAAUGGCGGUAACACUCUUACUGCUAGACCAACAAUUGCUCUGUCUCCAGGUGUAUGGGCAAGUCUUCGUUCAAGCAAUCGAUUUAUCAACACUCAGACCCCAUUCAUUGAUGUUGGUGCAAGACUUGCAGGGAAAGAUAACACUACUUCCUACAGCAGCAGCACUUUCCUGCAAAGUCAGCUUCUGAGACGGCAAGCAGCCCUCUAUAUAUUUGGAGAAAAAUCUCAGUUACGGGGAUUCAAACUUGAUUUUGCUUUGAAUUGUGAAUUUGUUCCUGUUGAAUUCAGUGACAUCCGACAGACAAAGGCAAGCUUUAAAAAGCUGAUGAGAGCUUGUGUUCCCAGCACUAUUCCUACAGAUUCUGAGGCAACAUUCCUUAAAGCACUUGGGGAGUCAGAGUGGUUCCCACAGCUUCACAGGAUAAUGCAAUUGGGUGUCAUCAUCUCUGAGCUCCUGGAAAAUGGUUCUUCUGUUAUGGUUUGUUUGGAGGAUGGCUGGGAUAUUACUGCACAA